AUGCGUCUAUCAGCCCUCGUCUUCGCCGCCGCUCUGUCCAUGGUCUCGGCCAAAAAGAUCAACAUGCACUGCGAGUUCGCCGCUGACAACACCGGCAUGGUUCAGUCGCCCUUCUGCUGUCGCGACAUGGCGCCCGCGCGCGGAAACUCCAAGGCGAACGAGGCGAUGGAUUGCGAUGCCCUUGACGUGCCUCAGAUGUGCGAGGAUCAGUCGCGGCCAGCAUGCUGUUACCCCAUUGGCCCCAAGAAGAUCUGUACCUCUCACGUUGUCUUCAUGGAUGCGGCGGAUAUCUAG